AUGUCAGAGCCCUUUCAUCCCGCGAAAUCACCGGCCCUCCCGGUCGUGGAAUCCUCCACCAACACCAAAUCCCCUCACUCUCAAGAGACGAAAGUGCGCCGGUUAAGAGAAACUGUCGAUAGCAAUUAUGCCGACAUCAUCUGUAUCAUUCUCUGCUUCGUCACGGGGCUUUGCGACAGCUCCGCAUUCAAUGCGUGGUCAUGCUUCUUAGCUAUGCAAACCGGAAACACCGUCGUCCUCGGCCUCGGCGCCGCCUCCCUCCCCAGAGAUGACAGCGACAGCUGGCUAAAAUCCCUCGUCUCGAUCGCCAGCUUCGUCACGGGUUCAUUCACAUUCAGCUUCGUCGGACGACACCUCGGUCCCGCCCGUCGCGGCACACUUUUCGCCUCAUUCAUGGUGCAAGUGAUUCUCAUCGUGAUCGCCGUCUCCCUGAUACAGUCCGGACUUAUCGCGGAAUCCGAAGAUGUCGUCACCUCCAAACACCAUGGCGGCAAGCUCCUAGAGCUGAUUCCUAUUGGCUUGCUGGCCUUCCAGUCCUCCGGGUCUAUCAAUAGUACGCGCUCGUUAGGUUUCAAUGAGAUUCCGAGUGUUGUUAUCACGAGCGUGUAUUUUGAUAUUGCUUCCGAUAAGAAUAUCCUCGCUGUGCAGAAUGUUAAAAGGAAUAGGAGGGUUGCUGGGGUGGUGGCGCUGUUGAUUGGGGCGAUUGUGGGUGGGUGGUUGAAUAGGAGUGCUGGGGGUAUGGCGUCGACUUUUUGGUUGGCGGCGGGGAUUAAGUUUGCGAUUGGGUUGGGGUGGUUGUUUUGGAUGCCUGUUAGGGGGUAG